AUGUACAAUAAAAUUGUUCUUUCAGUAGCAAUAUUUCUGGAAACUAUUUUUUUCUGCUACGCUCCAAAAAUAGCACAUAAAUUCCCUAAAUUCCGAAGCAAAUGGAUAAACGUAGAAAAUAUAAAUAACGCAAUAAGUGGGGCACUACUAUCUCUUUCAAUUACACAUCUGUUACCAGAGGUGUUCGAAUCACAGGACGACACUUUCAAGAUAUUCAAUUCACUAGAUACAAGAGGGUUUAUAAUAUUUGCUCCCAUCCUAUUAUUGGUUCUAAUAGAUUUUCUUCCAGGCGAAAACUAUCACGAAACUAAAACUGAGGAAAAUACAAAAAAUCCAACAAAAGAAGAGUUUUGCCUUUGCUAUCAAUACGAAGAAAACCCACAGACUGUUAAACCUUCUCAAUCCUGUCAAACAACCAACUAUUCAGUAGAUGUUCUUGAUUCCAAAAAAUUGGUAAAUGAUUCAAUUCUCUCUAUAGUUAAACAAAUUUUUGGAUCUCGGACGAUUUAUUUACUAGUUGCAUUUUAUGGCCACUCGAUUCUUGAAGGUUCACUAAUCGGGUCUGAAAGAGGAUCGAAUGUUUGGGCAAUCGGUUUUGGCAUAAUAGCACAUAAAUGGGCAGAAUCCAUCUUACUCACAUCAUUACUGUCAGAUUCUUUUAAAUCAGAAAUACUGAAAACAGCAUAUAUAGUCGUAUUUUCAUUUUGUGUGCCAAUAGGAGUUCUAAUUGGAUAUUAUACAGUCUCACUUUCAAACAAAGUCUGUUAUUCAGUAUUUACAUCGUUAGCGGUUGGAUUCUUCAUAUACCUGUCGUUCGAAUUGUUUACAGGAAACAAAGGACAAAAACCAUCUUCUAGAGCCAUACUAUGGUCAUUUUUUAUAUUCGGAGCAGCUGUUAUGUCUAUAGUACUAGCUACAUCAAAAGUACUUGAAAACAAAAUUCAAUAG